GCAAACUGCCUCCAGAUGCCAUCCCUGGAGACAUAGCGCUGCAGCAGUGCAUGCUGGGAAUGGAGUUUUCAGGGCGAGACCCCAGUGGGCGACGUGUAAUGGGUUUGCUGCCAGCUAAAGGUCUGGCCACCUGUGUGGAUGCAGACAAGCGCUUCCUUUGGGAUGUUCCAUCUAGCUGGACGCUGGAGCAGGCCGCCUCCGUUCCUGUGGUGUAUGCCACCGCCUAUUAUUCCCUAGUGGUGCGAGGCCGUCUGAGGCCUGGUGAAAGUGUGCUGAUCCAUUCAGGCUCUGGAGGGGUGGGA